UACCUUGGUAGCUAUGACGUAUUGAGCGCCAUGUCGGAAUGAGAGUGAAUUCUGGCGGAAGACAGUGGAGGAAGCGCUUCCCCAGUUUUGGCUCUUGAGUGUGCAGGAAGUGCACAGCUGAGGGUUUGUCACUUUCGGGCAUUGUUCAUUAUAAGUAGAGAUUUCGGACACUCCUGCUUCCUUUUUUUCUGCAAUCUCGCGAACUCCUGGGAGUUGUCGAGCAAGUUAUUGACUGUCGGUGUCGCAUUGGCAGUGGCCACCACCUACAGUUGGCUACAGAUGACAAAUAUUGUCAGAAGUGAACAAGCCGUUCAGAAAUGUAAAUUUUCCCAUUUCGAAUCAGUCUGAAAUGGCAGAAAUGUGCGCUUAUUUUGUUAGAAAUACGUAAUUGAAUUACGGACAUGAUGCACUUCUGUCGAGGUUGGUACGUGGUAGUUUCGCUCGGAUAUGUAUCGAUUUGUGUAGGUAGAUUGAGAACGUACCUUUGAAUGGAAUUUGUAAACAAGCAGUAAUACCUGCUUUGGCAUACUUUCGUGCGAAUUUAAAGCCAAGGAUAACAAACUGUUUUCAAGGCCGUUCCUUGCCUUAGCGGUGGAGCUGAUCAAUAUUGAGACAAGAGAGAUUUGAUCAGUCAUGAUGUCUGAUCAACACUUCAGACGCCGGAUGACGGCGCUAGAAGAAAAGAUAAACAACCAGACAUCAGAGAUAAACGUCGAUGGAUUACUGGAUGCAAUGUCAGCCCUUGUGGCUGAUCUAGAUCAUCCAGCCAUAAGAAGAAAUAAAAAUGUGGAAAGCUUUUUAAACAGAUAUGGUAAAAAUGUGGAUCUUAUCAAUACUCUUCGCCUAAGAGGGGAUGAUUUUGAGAUUGUCAAAGUCAUUGGUCGGGGAGCAUUUGGAGAGGUCCAAUUGGUACGAAACAAAGCCACUAAGAAGGUUUAUGCAAUGAAACUUCUCAGCAAAUAUGAGAUGAUCAAGCGGUCAGACUCGGCUUUCUUCUGGGAAGAAAGAGAAAUAAUGGCAAAUGCCAACAGCGAAUGGAUUGUGCAGCUUCACUACUGCUUUCAAGACAACCGCUAUCUAUACAUGGUGAUGGAUUACAUGCCUGGAGGAGAUCUGGUCAAUCUUAUGAGCAACUAUGAUGUUCCUGAAAAGUGGGCCAAAUUCUACUGUGCUGAAGUUGUUCUUGCCCUCAAUGCUAUCCACUCCAUGGGCUUUGUUCACAGGGAUGUAAAACCAGACAAUAUGCUGUUGGAUAAAUAUGGUCACCUGAAACUGACAGAUUUUGGUACUUGCAUGAGAAUGGAUUCUCAAGGGCUAGUUCACUCUGACACAGCAGUAGGCACACCUGACUACAUAUCUCCGGAAGUGCUUAAGUCACAGGGUGGGGAGGGCUGUUAUGGACGAGAAUGUGACUGGUGGUCUGUGGGUGUUUUUCUCUUUGAAAUGCUAGUGGGGGACACACCUUUUUAUGCUGAUUCCCUUGUUGGGACCUAUGGAAAAAUCAUGGACCACAAACGCUCACUUAGUUUUCCUCCAGACAUUGAAAUGUCUGACCACGCCAAAAACUUAAUAUGCGCUUUUCUUACAGAAAGAACGGAGAGAUUAGGAAGAAAUGGUGUUGAAGAAAUCAAGAGGCAUCCCUUUUUCAAAAAUGACACAUGGAACUGGAAUAACAUCCGUGACACUGUACCACCAGUGGUCCCUGAAUUGUCUAGCGAUGUGGACACCAGCAAUUUCGAUGAGAUUGAGAAAGAUGAUGCAACGGAAACUUUUCAGCCACCAAAAGCAUUUGCUGGAAAUCAUCUUCCUUUCAUAGGCUUCACAUACAACAGAGAAUAUUUGCUUUUGAGCAACAAUGCAGGAAGUGCAUCACCGGGCAGCUUCACUGGAGACGAGGGCUUGCAGUUGCUGCAGGAACAGAUGCGAGCAGAGAAGACCGCCCGAGAGGAGGCCCAGAAAAAAUAUGAGCAAGCCCAGUUUGACUUGGAUAGGUUAAUGCAAGAGGAAGCUCAUCUCAAACAAGAUCUUAGAGAGAUGGAGCGCAAUAUGGCCAUCAUCAAACAUGAAGCCAAAGAGACACAGAGGCGGCUGGAGCAGGAGAGCGAAAUGAAGAAGAAGAUGGAGAUCAUGAUGCGAGAGAAGGAGAAGCAGCUGGAUAAUGCCCUUGCCAACUGCAGGCAGAUCAAUGAUAGCACUGUGCACUCAAAUGAAAAGGUUCUAAGUCUGGAAAAGUCGCUCAGUGAAAUGAAUGAGAAGUUGAGAAUUGAGUCUGAAAAUGUCAACAAACAGAAAAAGGCCUUUACUGAUUUGCAGCAGCGUUACGCAACAGUGGAACACAACUACAAUGAACUGAGCGCUCGCUAUCAAGAAGUUGUAGCAGUCAAACAACGGCUUGAAUCUGAGGUGCUGAUGCUGCAAUCAGCACUGGAUGCUGAGAGAAAUGCACGCAAGCAUGAAGCACAGAUAUCAGCAGAACUAAAUGACCGCAUCAAGAACCUCCAGCAGGAGAAGUUCUCUCUUCAGGAGAAAGAAACAUCCCAGAAACAAGAGCUCAGUGUGAGCCAGCAGAAGGUUGUCUCCCUGGAAAAGAGUCUGGGUGGAGUUGAGCUGGAGCGUGACAACUUCAAGAGACAGUGGCAGGCAGAGGUGCAGGCACACAAAGACACGGUGGACAGGUAUAAUGCUGACAAAAGGAGCAUCCGUUCCCACCAGGAGGUCAGCCAGGAGGAUUCCAAAGUGUUGCAAACAAAACUUGACACUGAGAAGAGCAUGCGUCACAAGGUUGAGGCACGGCUGCUGGAGACAGAGAAGAAGAACAGUGAGAUGGCUGUGGACCUCAUGCAGUUGCAACAGCAUGUGGGCAGCCUGCAGACACAGCUUCAGACCGAGGUGGAGAAGAGCCAAGCACUAUCACUUCAUGUAGAGCAGGAGGUGCAGAGGCGGAACCUGAUGCAGGGUGACAUCAAGAACACGUCUUUGGAGCUGAACCGUGCCAAGACUAAAGAGAAGCAGCUGGCAAAAGAAAUUGCUGACUUGAAACAUGAAAAGAAGUCUUUAGAAGAGGAGUUAAAGAAGCUUAAAGAUGAAGUGUCAGUUGGUGAUCUGCAACUUCGUGAAAUUCAGGAGCAGCUGGAAGCAGAAACCUACUUUUCGAGUCUGUACAAGACACAGGUGAAGGAGCUGAAAGAGGAGGUAGAUGAAAAAAACAAGCAAAUUCAGGAUCUCACCUCAGAUAACCAAAACAUCCUUCAGGAGAAGGAGUCCAUUGGAGCACAGCUACAACUGGCUCUGGCAAAAGCAGAUUCAGAGCAGUUGGCUCGGCAGAUUGCAGAGGAGCAGCUCUCAGAUGUGGAGAAGGAGAAGACAAUGCUGGAGUUGGAGAUCAAAGAAAUGAUCUCACGACAGAAAUCGGAGAUGAGCAAGAAAGAGUCUCUCAUUGCUUCCUUGGAAGAAACCAAGAGACAGUAUGCAUCCGACCUUGAAAAAAUGCAGCAAGAUAAGGAUGAUCUCAGCAACCGCAUCAAGAAACUUUUGGAAGAUCUUCAAAACUCAAAGAACACAGAGUUUGAGAAAUUAAAGAAACAGUUGGAAGAGGAGAAGAUGAAGAAAAUCCAGGCAGUAAACAAGCUGGCUGAAAUCAUGAACAGAAAGGAGUUCUCUGGGCGCCCUCGUGGAGGCAAGGAUAAGUCUGUGGAAUCAGAGUUAAAACGAAAGGAGAAAGAAUUCAGGCGACUGCAGCAGGAACUCACAAUGGAGCGUGAGAAGUAUAACAAGAUGGUAGAGAAGAUGCAACGCGAUGUUGCUGAAGCGCAGCAGAAUGUCUUUGAGGAGAACCAGGCACGACAGAGACUGCAGAUGGAGAUGGAUGCAAAGGACUCGGAAAUUGAGCAGCUACGGCAGAAACUGGCCUAUGUCAAUAUGGAAGGUGCCUCUAUUUGCAGUGGCAGCAUAGAAGACUCAAUAUCUGAUGAGAAUAGUUCAGAUGCUUUGAUGGAGGGAUGGCUAGCAGUGCCUAACCGCCAGAACAUAAAGAAGUAUGGUUGGCGCAAGCAGUAUGUUGUAGUCAGCAGCCGCAAAGUUCUCUUCUACAAUAGUGAAGGGGAUAAACAGAAUGCCGAUCCUGUGCUGGUCCUUGACAUAGAUAAACUGUUUCACGUGAGACCAGUCACACAAGGAGAUGUGAUCCGAGCUGAAGCCAAAGAUGUUCCCAGAAUAUUCCAAAUUCUGUACGCCACAGAAGGUGAAAACAGAAAACCAGAAGAAAGUCCGAGCGAUACAAUAGGAACAGACAGGAAUGACAUCGUUUCCUACAAGGGACACGAUUUUCUCCCACUGACUUUCCGCACACCAACAACGUGUGACUCCUGCCACAAGCCUGCCUGGCAUGUUCUCCAUCCCCCACAAGCUCUGGAGUGUAAACGUUGUCAUAUAAAAGUUCAUCGGGAACACUUUGAUAAGAAUGAAGAGUUCAUUGCUUAUUGCAAAGUAAACUACGAUUCCAGUAUACAAGCCAAAGAAAUGCUGUUACUGGCAGAGACAGCUGAUAAGCAGAAACUGUGGGUUACACACAUGAGCAAAAAGAUCAGCAAAAAGGGCAUUGUUAGUUCUGGAAACUUGAACACUGUUCGAGGCACAAAACAGUACGCUUCAUAUGGACCACAGCAGCGUGGUCAUAUCGCUGCAGGGAAGGCAGCGACGUUGCCUCCAAAUGCUCGGCCAUGAAUCCUUUAUGUGGCUGGCAGGUCAUCUGAUGUCUUCAGUCACUGAGCUCGGGGGCAGCCUCCUGGUAGCAUACAGGCACUGAACUGUGCAGCUAUACUGUGUUAACGUGGAACUUCCUCAGGGGCCUCCCUUCAAGACUGUGCCAUGAGCUUUGAUGAUUUAAGUGCAAUCUCUCACCUAAAACUUGUCAUUGGUUUUAAAGCAAAUUUUUAUAAAAGAAGUUCUGUAGCUUUGGGGUAAAUGGUAAUGAGCUUCCUCACAAACAUGAGGUUGGUGGUGAUGUAGCUUCUUUUUUUGUUGUUGUCAGGAACCAGUGCUGCUUUCUGUUGAAGCUAAUAUGAAUUAGAUGUUUUAAUUAACCACAAGGUGCAGGACUGACUAAAUUUGCCUUUCCUUGGAUGCUAGGUUGUUUUGGAGCAUUGAAACUGGAGAUAAGAGUGUAAGUUAAGAUGCCACCAGAAGUUAUUGGUCGGGCUUCCUUGUUUUCAUGUUUUAUAUUAUGUAAACUUGUUAAGUGCCAGUUAAUAUAAAUCAAGAUUUUUACAGAUGGACAUUUGAUUCAACAGAAGAUCUUGGCAUUGUAUAUGCUACCUUGUGAGCAUACUGUCACAUUUUACAGUUUGCUUCUUUUGGCUUCUGACCACACACAUACACACAUACCCCCGUUCUGGCAUUAUGUUUUGUGUUUGUCCUAGGAAUCUGUGCACUUGUUUUGUCCUUUUUUUUGCUAAAAGGAAAUCUGUGAUUGGCACUUAGAUGGCAGAGAAAUUCUUUGCUUUUUUCCCAUAAAACCUGUAGAUAUGUUCAGUAUAGUCACGCCACAAAACUUGAAGUGGGACUUGUGCUUCUCACAGGAUACUGUGCAACACAGUAAAUUUUAUUUGGUGUCGCAUUAUUGCUUUAGAAAUGCAGCUUAUGAUUGCAUUUGCAUUUACAGGCAUUUGUACAGAAGUGCAUGGCGCAUAGUUGUUUGUAUAUGUGGUGGGCGAGUGAGCACGACAGUUAAUGCAUCUAUCUGGCUGGCCUGCAUGGGAGAGAAAGAGAAUGGACUGUUCUUCUGAUGCCAUAAGCUGGGCUGGAGACCCAUCGCGUCACUUGGCAGUGUAAGCUACUUGGUGUCGUGUCUACUUUUUUUCCCCAUUUGUCCCUAAAGCAAAUCAAGAAAGUAAGAGGUCUUGAAUGCAGCUAGGCAGCGUGCAUACUAUGGUGUCCAUAUGCUUAUGUGAGGUCUAUGGUAACCAGUUCGUGGUCAGUUAAUAGAGGCUGGCCUCUUCCCCUACUGCCCACUUCCAUAACCUGCAAGUCCUUUCUUGGCCCAUCUCAGAGACAGUCCCUAUCACAGCUAUGGCUGUCCUGGGUUCAUAUCUCAUCUUGGCAUGCUGUUAUUUCUGUGUGCGAGGCACCUGUUUACAGGGCUGGCUGUGUUGCCUUGAUAUAACUUCAGUUGCUGGCACAGCAUGACGCACCAGUUCUUUCUCUCCUGACUCCCGGUCACCACAGUUCCUUUUAUGUAUCCACUACCUUGGCUUUUUGAAUUAGCCAUGUUCUUGGCUGUUUUUUAGAAGCUGUCUUUUGAUGCCCUCACUUGCUGGCCAUAUGUUUGGCUGCUACCAUGAAUUCCAUUUUGAUUUCGAAUCUGAUGCAGAGGAGCAAAUAUCCUGUUGGUGUUCUGAUAGCGCACCCAUCUCUCUUACACUAAUUAUCACAUUUGUGCUUUUGAAGGACAAGAGUCUACAGAAUUCUUUUCAUGUGGCUAAAGCUGAAUGCUUUUCAUGAGAUUUCAGAUGGAUCUUAAUCAAGGCAUUUUGUUGGCUUUUAUAAUUACAGUUCGCUGAUGUGCAUUUGGCAUCAGGCUGGAAUGUAUUGUCAGCACAACCGUGUGAUAUUGCCAGAUACCUCAUGUCCCUGUCAUGUGUCUUGAAAAGAAUAAAAGCAUAGUGUCUGUCAGUUUUGACAAAUGUUUUCGUUUCUAAUGUGAUGGGCAGUAGGCAGCCAGAAUGAUGCUGAUGAUGUUUGCCUGAUUGUUAACUCUUUACAGUUCACUUGAACUUGUAUAGUUAGGAAAAAACCACAUCCACUUGCUGGAUGAGCAUUUAACUCUGAACUGUAACGAGUUGAUGAAGCUACUUGCUUAGGGGUGGAAGGUGAGUGUGAUCUGGACAUUGGUGGUGUUGACAAGAGUGCUUCUCUUGAAAAUCAUGUCUUUUAUUAGAGAUCUGCAGCAGGUGAAUAAACUGUAGUUUGAUAAUGAUCAGGGAUUUGUGCUUUUCUGUCCAUUUUGGUUUAAAGAUGUUUGUAGAGGGAUAUUUUGGGGGAAAUACCUGGAGCAGUCACAAAAAUCUGGGUUUUCUUAAGUGUAUUUGGUUGCUGAGGAUGUGAUCCUGUCUGCAUGCCCAGACAUUCUGUAUGUGUUGGUCCUGAAAUUGAUGUGCCUCACCUGUGCAAGGUUUCUUUGUUUUAAACUCUAACUCUGGGUGCCAACUAUGGUGGGCACAAUGUAAAAUUAGCCUGCUGUGGAAAUGACGGCUUUUGUUACACCGUUACUCCAGGAGCAGUAUGUUAAACAUACUGGCAAUUUUUCUGAUUUUUUUUUUUUUUUAACCCAUUUGAUGACAGAGUUUAUUCUUUGUAAAAUUCUGGAAUGACCUUGUAACUAUUUUUUAAGAUUAAAUAACCGUUUUGUAUACACAGAUUAUGGACAGUAAUUUUUCCUUUCAAGUCUAAAAGAUGAUGCUGAGGAGGCGAAACUUUACAAUCAGAUGUUCUGGCGCCAUUAUUGUAAUAUAAUAACUAUCAGUUUCCCUGUAUUUGUGAGCGUUUCAGCUUAUGUACCUUGCUGUGGCAAGAUAGGAUCCUUAUAGCUGAUAUUUUGUCUUGAAUGUUUCCAUUACAAAAGCUUGCUUACGUUGAGAAAAGUGGUAGCUGAGGCAAGAUUUGAUGCUAUGUCCUCAUUUUCUUUGUACAUAUGCGUAAAAAAAAAAGUUGCAUGUAUAUUUUUUGAACAUAAUUUGUAUAAUAGCAUGGCGGAUGCAUAAAAAUGAAAGUUUCAAGGUUGAAGGCUGUUUGACUUGUUUUAGACAGUAUAGACCUCUAAUGUCAUGAUUACACUUGAUUCUCAAAACACACAAAGAAACAGUGUGCAUGCACACUCACCAUUUUUUUUUUUUUUAAAGCAGCAGUGCAUUAGAAAUAUGUCGCGGCAUUAUACACCUAGGCCUAACUGUUGGCCUGUGAUAUAUUUCCCCUAAAUAAAACUAUGCUAAAGUCAAUAACCUUUGACAUUUUCUUGUAGAGGCUUGAUAUCACAGGUUUACAAAUAGUAAGCAGCUCACAGAGCCAGAUUAAUGCAUUCAUAAAAAUAUGUACUUGAAAAAUUUAUUGACCUUUACUGAGAAAAUAUUGUUUCUUCUCAGAAAUUCGCAUAGAAAUGUAGAGCUUUCUUUAUUAUUCAUCCCUUAAAAAGAUCUUAUAUUUUCUGCAUUUUAGCAUGGAGAUGGCAUUAGCUGGCACGCAGCUCUACUAGCUGCAGAGCAGAAGCACUGGGGUUCUCACCUCAUACUAUUCAAGAAUUCUGAAAUGAAAGGAAUAUAUGAGGCUUCAUAAACAUGUUUAUGUCCUUAAAUGUCAAUAUGUCUUCCGUUAGUUUGGAUUGAUAAGUAGUGGUGUGCAAGUGUUUCAUUCAACGAAUGCAAGAAAUUGAAGUGUUAUGAAUCUCUAGCAAUGACUCUUUUGAAGAAAAGUCUGUUCUCAUUGUAGCCUUGUUGGAGCAUGGUGGUUUCUUUUAUCUUGCCCACAUUCACUUUUUUAAGUGGAAACUUGCUAAAAAAAAAUAAAAAUAAAUAAGGGGGGGUCAUUACAUAGUUUUAAUUUAUUAUUAGCCUGUCAGUUCCAUGUCCAAGGUGCUUAAACCACAAAAUAUUAGCAGAAAGCAAAGGGUGUAAGAGUACAUUUAGAAGUCUUUAUGAUUUCUGUGGGGGGAGGGAGUCAGAACAUUUGUCUCCACGUAAGUCUGAAGACUACUCAUACUACUCUUAAAACAAAAAUGUACUGACUUUAAAAAUAUAGUAAAUUUCUGAUGAAUAAACAUGCUUCAACCAACC